CUUUAUAAAACCCCAACAAUCAGACGACCCCCUGUGAGCAAGCGCUUGGCGAUGGUCGGAGGGAAAAAUUCCCCUUUAACAGGAAGAUAUCUCCAGCAGAAUCAGGCUCAGGGAAGGCCUGAUUAUUCGAGACCUUAUGUGUGAGGAGAAGGAUUUUAGAUUGAAUUCUGAAUUUAACAGGAAGCCAGUGAAGAGAAGCCAGGAUGCUCUCUCUUUGUAGUCUCUCACUGCAGCGUUUUGGAUCAACUGAAGGCUUUUCAGGGAGUUUUUGGAACAACCUGAUUAUAAUUUUGAAGAUAUUGCACAAAUAUUUCACAUCAAACAGUUUAUUGAUUAACUGAAAAACAUCACAACCCCCCUCAUGCCUCCAGCGCUGACCUGUUGGUUUCUUUGCUUUCUGUCUCUUGUCUUUCUCUUGCUCUGCGUACCUUUGGUUGUCUGGACUUCUGGCGGCGUGACUAUACUCACCAGUACCUGCCAGGUCCUUUACCGGCACACAUGGCUGGCAUCAACUAAUUACCAGCCUGCUGUAUAUCAAAACUGGCUCUUCCACCCACACGGUGUCACAUUAUCUGCUGUAGUGUAGUGGAACUCAUUUCCUCCCAGGCUCCUCUCUUUGGGUUUUAAGUUUCUUUUGAUAUUCACUUCUUGUGUGUCUGCUCACUGUCCCGCACCUACACAACUUCAGCUACAGGCCUCUUCCAGCACCUCAGGAAAUCACCUGCAUCCUCUAUGUCAUAAUGAAGCUUUUUAAAUCUCCCUCUAGGCGUUGCAUCCACCAUUAGGGUCAGUCAGUUCCUGUUUCAACCAUUAGAGAAAAUAGGUCCUUUUCAGUUUUAUCAUGUGUUGCUAUUUGUAACUCCAGAAAUGUGCAUUUACUCAGUCAGUCUCCCCAGUGAUAGAAAACAAGAGAAAUGUUGUAUACCAAUUCUUUUAACUCGCUUAUGAGGAAAAUCUCUUAAAGAGAGCACCUACAGGGCAUUUGUGGUACUGCAACCUAACUCUUUUUUUAAUAUAAGUGGUUGUUCAUAUACAGAUGUUUUCUAACACAUCAUUAAGGUUAACUUUUACCUUUUAACUGUAUGGGUGGCAUAUGUUUUAUAUGUCCAUAUGUGUCUCAGAUUACAUCUCAUUAAGAUUUUUUUUAACUUAGUAGAAGAUUUCAACCAAUAAAGUCCCACAGAGAAAAGGAAAAAAGCUCAAAGUGCUGUGUCAUUGUUCUGUUUCUCUUAAACAGCAGGACGUGUCUCCCUCUGCAGCUUUACGGCUCUUUUCUUCUGCACAGCUAUUCUUUGUCUCAGUGCCCCCCUCUCUUAAUUUCCGCCUGUCUGCAUAUGUUUUGGAGGCCAUUAAUCGUCCCCGGCACAACAUGCACCCCAGCAGAUAAUUACAGUCAUUAAACCAAUUAGGGAGCACAUGGAGGGGAAGGUUUAGUCAGCCCUGAGGCCUCCCACUCCUGUUCUUCUCUACAGGACAGCCGAGGUGGUCCGCUGAAAGUCUGGCAAAGCCUUAAAUAAAGAAGGGGGUGAACUACUUCAUCCCAGCUCUGGAUUAAUGAAAUUUCCUGUUGAUGUAGCCUUGAGAGACCUUGCUAACUUCGCUGCAGGCCAAGUAACCAGAGCCAUUAGCCAGCAAAAGCCGUCUGAAUUUUCCCAUCUUUUUUGGAGGGCGUAGCAGCCGUUUAGGUCGGUGUCAUCAAAAUACGUUUUCACAGAGCCAAGAGGGUUAUUUUGGUGAUUCUGUGGCAAAACACAAAAAGAGAUCAGAAGUGGCAGGAAAGGGAGGGAAGAGUGGUCAAUCUGCAGACAGUGGUUUUCAGUAUGCUCAGUCUAUCAUGUGAUUGUAGAGCUAAUAUUAUGGUUUCAAUGCCCUGCACAGUGGGAGUUCUGGCAGAACAAGGCCGUAACACACAAUAAAUUAAACUGGGAUUUCUUAGUUAUUCAGAAAGAUGGGAGUGAGACUUUUAGUUACUGGCUACAUGUGCAGGCAAGCCACAGAAAGUCCCUCACGCUCGCUCUAAGUCACCAUGUUGGAUGACAGAUUGUCCUCCCUUGUAUCAGAGAGGUAUUUCCCAGCAUUCAUGUUAUGCUUGGCACAUGUUUUUUUUCAACCUCUGAAAAGGAAAAAAAAAGAAAAAGCAAAAAAAAAACCUGGGAGCGCUUUAAGUUUUGUCUGUCCUUAUGAAUGACAUAGAAAAGUAAAAGGCAGAUCUUGUAAUGAAUCCAAAAUAAGCAAAGAAAAAAAAAUCCUGCAGGUUAAAAAUAUGAACAUGACCAGCACAUAUGGUCUGAAUAAGGCUGGGCUAAGCUAUACUGAUGGUGUGAACUUUAUUUGCAGCCCUGAAAAAUGAAACUUAAAGAAAGAGAGACGUUACCGGCUCAGUUGUAGAGACAAGCAGUUAUUAUCUGUGCAGAAAGCAUGGGGAAAGUAGCUACCUUCACAUUUUCCACUAUUAGAAAAAUACACAAGACACUUCUAAAUUUCAAGAAGAGGGUAAUUUGUCCAACCAUGCAUUGUCUUAACCACUUGACCAAUUCAGGGUUGAGGAGGGGGCUUGCUGUUAUAGGACAAGAGGUAAGAUACACUCUGAGUAGUUUAGCAGUCUGUUGAGGUUUUAUAGAUACUUUUCCACCAUUUUGGGCAUGUAACAAUCCUGGUAACAAUGUAGGAUCAAGUGAAUAAGACUCAGGUCACGCAAGCCUAGACCCGGUCCACAACCAUCUGGCAAACAUGACAAACAUGAAAAACUGGCAACUGUGGCAAUCUGGCAGGCUUUUGGCACAUCAUCUUCUUUGUAACCAGUUGUACGCAGUGAGAUCUGGAAACUUUCAGGAAUCACUGCCAAUCACUUGAGUAAUACAUAUGUUUCCCUAGCAACCAGUGUAGCACAUCCAAUAUGGAGAACUCGGGAGCAACAUGGCACGAUGUAACAUGAGAUGCCUCAUAAAAAAGGAUGUGUUAAAUAAGUGCAGCAGUGUGAAAAGGCUAACUAGCUAUUACCCAAGUCCAGUCUUAGAUUCUGCAUUUUAAAGCUUCACUGUUCGUGUUUUGAAGUCAAAUUCUACAUUACUACGAAAGGGUAGCGGGCUUUCUUCUCAGCUAAUACUAGCUAGCUUGGUUAGCAAGCUGCAUCCAUAUAUCAUAUUGGUGCAAUGCUAAAUAGCUUGGUACCAGACUAACAAAGCAAUAGAAUUUCACUCAUCAAAACUGAAGCCAAAGUUCUUGGAUGGUCUGUGUCACACAGCAAGCCAAAAUCUUAGUCAAAUAAUACACAGUGAAAAAGAUCCAGUUAUAUUACUCAAAGUAAUGGAGGUGAGGGCUGUCAUGCUCCAGAGUUGGUGUGAGGACAGACGAGAAGAAGAGGAUAUAAAGAACAAAGGAUGCCUAAUAUAUAGAGCAACCAGGCAGGAGGAGAUGAGAAAGACCACAGAGAAGAUUCAUGUUUAUAGUGAAGUAAGAUAUUGGUUUGACAGAAGAAGAUGCUGUGGAUAGGGUGAGAUGGAGACAGAUGAUCUGCUGUGGUCACACCUUAAGGGAGCAGUAAAAGAAGAAGUGUUGAGUUGUAUGUGUUGUGAAGACAGUGUAUAAUCGACUAAGACUGAAUGAAACCGGUUUGCUCUCUGUCCUGUCAGGUUAUGGUCUGCAGGUCUCAUGAUCCUUUAUAUUCAAAUUUUGACGUGUGAGCUUAUCCUAUAUUAAAUGACAUGAUUUGUGUUUUUAAAAAACUUUUUUUUUAGAUACCAGACUGAAUUUUAACAUCAUAAUUUGCACAAAGUAAGACAUAACUAUAAUAAUAAUGGGUAUAUUUUGCUUUAAGCUAACAUUAACUUUAGUACAGAUUUUCAUCUUUCACUUGCUUUAAUGUUUCUCCAUUUUAUUUAUGUCUAUUGUGCUCGCCAAAGAAGUCUUUGUCAAAGAUUGUCAGGCCUGAUGUUAUUGUUGGCUGCACAUUUAAACCUCAUUGAGGUCACAUGUUUGCUUCUCGUUCUUCUUGAAAUGCUGAAUUUUCUCUGGGCUCCCACUGACUCUCACUGAAGGACUGCUGUAAUAUUCAAAAGUGGAUCUAAAAAAACAGAAAAAGCAUGGCGGGUGGACAGCUUUUUAAAGGAUUAAAAAGUAAUCGUCCAAGAAAGGCUUUUUAAUUCAUUCCCUUUUUUAAUCCUUGGAAAUUCCCACAUUGACACAGACUGCAGCAAACAGAGAUUGAAUUUCCCCAGAAGCCGAAUGACUACUUGCUUUGCAAUAAGAGCAACAAAGUAAUCACACUUGUAUUCAAUCAAAACUUGGCUGCAUGAAGUAAAAAAACAACUUUCAUGUUGAGUACACUGUGCAUCAUCCGAAUCAUCCAGUACUGAAAGGCAUCCAACUUUCUCUCUGCCGCGAGGGAUGACAGAAAUGACUGUUGCUGAAUGAUUGUGGCUUCCCACUGAGGAGAAUCGCAUACGCGUAUGUGGAUGUCGGACAUUCCUCCUUCUCUUUCUGCUCUCUCCUCGACUACUAAGCAAAAACCCACAUUCCCCUCAAAGCCUACUCGAGAUUGGUUUCGUUUGAUGGACAGAGAUUCAGUCACACCAAAGGACCAUAAAGAGGCCGGUUUUAUUGGCGCUGUCUAACAACUGCACACGGUGACAAAAAAAGGUUUGCACAGCAGCCGGCACUGAGACGUGUUGAGGCGUGGUAAAGAGCUGAUGUGAAUAUGUAACAGCAAAGGAACUGACUUUUCUUCAACAUGCAAGGUGAGAAGUGGGAUCUGACCCUUGGGGCUUUAGUGAACACUUCCACCUGCUGGUCUGAAUUAUUCAUGAAACACUUCCCUAAGCUCUUCCUGUCUAACAUCCAAGCUCUGGCUGCUUUAACCACUCACCUUGUUUGGUUUAACAAUACAUUUACAAGCAACUGAAACACAAAUGUCAUGAAAGGUGGUAACACAGCCUUCCAAGUUUCUCAUGCACUUUUGCCUUUUUGCCACAAGGUGUCAGGCUGCUCCUAACCUUGACCCCAUUCCUUUCACCAAGCGUUUCAUGAUGGGAUGGAAGGACAUGGGAGAGUCUGGGACUACAGCAGACAUUAUUAAGAAUGUUCCAGAGCAGGUUCAGAAUUAUUUAAAGGAAUAAUAAGAUUCCUUGAGCUUCUCAAAGGGUUUCUGGAGGGAUUUCAGAGCCCCCAAAGUGUAUUAAAAGGGUCAGUGAACAUAUUACAGCCCUCCUUGAGACUGGUCCUGUGGCCCUGAAAGAGGUUUGAGGGGCUCUGGAAGGGUUCCUGCAGCUGGAAUAGGCUAAAUUUGAAGUAGUGAGUCUUUCAUUUUCAUCUUAAGGUUUCUUUUAGGGGAGCUGAAUGGAUCAGUGAGGGGUCUCUUUUUCUUGAAGGUGUGUGGUUUCUUCACUAUGUUUAAGGAGGAAUUUUCUUCACUGUGUUCACUGGUUGUUAGCAGAAGGUCUCAGAGGUCCUUAGAUUUUUGAAGGAACAUCUGUCAUUUCUAGAUGAGAUGUUAGGGUUCAUUAAGUUCUCCUGAAGCACAAUUUUCUGGAAAAACGUCAGUGAAGGUCAACAGUUUUUAUCAGGGUUUCAUUUAAUGAAAGCAACUCAUUGAUUAUAUUAUUCUGUAAAGCUACUCAUCAGCUCAUACUUAUCUCUGUGUCAAAUUAGCCAGAAAGAACUUCUCUUUUCCAAACAUCGAGUUUCACCCCAUCUUCUUUCUCCAAUGUGCAAUUUCAAGGCUCACUUAUAUUUUCAGUUAGUUAUUUAUUGUAUGGUUGAGAGGUAGGGUCUCUGGGAAUGUAUAUGAAGGAAUACCCUGUGGAGUUUCGGCUUAGUGGAAAUCUGCCCUUGGGGAAAAUACAAAGAGCACUGUUUCUUUUAAAGGGAACGUAAACGCAGCACGAUUUUCUUGAAUGUUUGAGGUCAGCGUCUGCUGUUUCUCUAACUUUAUCAGCGCAGUCCUCCCAUGUUCAUCAGAUAAUGUUUCUUUGCAUCCUUUCCCCGUCCAAUUACAGCAAAACGCUUCAAAAGUACGGAGCAACGUGGUUGCCACGGCAACAGGAUUUUCCCCACGUUGCCGCUGGUGAUGUCAGCAAAGCCCCGGUUACUACUGUGCCAGCAGGCACCGGGCUCUGAGACCAACUUGCGAAACACACAAGGACAAGAAGAGCCACUGUGUUUAAAUGCUGUGUUUAAGCAAGGGCAAGAAAAUCUGAACAUUCAGCUCAGGCUGGCAAGUUCAGAGAGAAGAUCGUCUCAAAGGCUUCUCAAUAACGCCACAAAAAUGCAUUUAAAGGAAGAUUUGGCUUCAAUAUCAUCCAUAAGAGUUUCAUAUCCCCGGAGAAAUUAAUCAGUGCCUCAGCCUACAGCUCACCAGGCAUUCACUCUUACUUACCCCCCAACUCACACACACACCACCACCACAGUUUCUCACUUCCCUCUGCUCCUCUGCUUACUGAUACUUCUGCUUCCACUGCUGCCUUCCUCGCUCCCUUCCCUCUUCUCUGUAGCUCGCUCCUCAUCCUCAAUCCACCAUGGUGAACAGAUAACCGCCCCUGCCGUCCCGAGACCAUGGGUGCCUGCCUCUGCAAAGGUCACAAAGAGAUCAGCAUUCCUGUAUCAACACUGCACCACCCCGAGGAGGGUCAGUCAUCCCCUGCCAAGGAUGACCAGAAUCCCUCCAAUGGCAGCGUAUCAGAUAAAACCAGUCGCUAUGACAUUGCAGAGCUGGCCACAUCCUCUUUACUGGGUCUGGUGGCCACAAUAAAGGAACACAUCACCAAGCCGACGGCAAUGGCCCAGGGGCGAGUUGCGCACCUGAUUGAAUGGAAGGGUUGGGGUGGAUGCGGUGAAGCCAGGGGAGGCGGAGGUGGAUGGAGCGGGGCCUGGGGUAGAGGAGGCGGCGCCUGGGGGGGCAUGGAGGCUGAGUUGCAGGAAGACGAACAGCUUUAUUCCCAAAUGACGGACGAGUUCAAAGAAGCUCGCUUCGCUGCAGGUGUUGCGGAGCAGUUUGCCCUGGCUGAGGCAGCCAUGAACGUGUGGUCCAUGAGCGACAACACAGAGCAGCCGUCCACCAGCUUACAAGCAGCACAGAGCCACUACCUGUCUCAGUUCCUGCUUGAUGGUGGAAGCGUUGGCGUCCCUCAGCAUCUGUACAGCAUUCACACCCAGGUGUAUGGCAACAACACUGCAGUCAACCUGAUCCCCCCUCCACCACCACCAAUCAGCUCUGCUUCCCUGAUGUCCAACGCCCAGGACAGAGAUCAUCCUAUUCAGGACAGAAGCACUGUGAUUGCAGAAGCCGCUGUCCGCCACGUAGACAGCAGCUCCUUAUCCGAGGACGAUGUUUUUUACAACUAGGCUGUAAAAAAAGAAGUCUUGAUGGCAAUCUCUAAAAUGAGCCUCGGUGUAAGGAGUCUCAACCACCAGCAACGAGCGAGAGGAGAAGUAAAGGCAGACAUUUAAGAGGCGACUCUGUAAAUGGCUUUUCUGAAAAGGUUCAGAAGACUCCGGAUAGUAUUUUCUUGAGAGCUAAGGCAUAUAGUUUUGUGAAUGUACAUAGUUCAACUGUGACAUUAAAAAAAACAUUUUUUAUUCCAUGUACAUGAAGUAGUUAUAUAGAGCUGAACAGUCAAAUGAAAUAUGCUGUAAAUACCUUGUUAUAAAGUAUGUUUUAAUAUAUGUGAUGAACAAGGCUCUCUUGUUUGUGUCGUGGUCUCUUUUCUUCUAACAGGUGAACUGAAGGAAAAGGUUUCGCUUAUAAAUUAAGGAUUUCUCGUGUGAAUAGAGAGGUGACGUAAGCACACAUCCAAUUAUCCGAGUUUCAGCCGUGAUUAGCCAUAAUUCACACUUUCCUGUCUGCGAGCUGAGAGCAGAUGCAGGGAGCGGUGAGAGACGAGGAGAGCGUAGAAAAAAACGAGUGAGAAGAACACAGAAUAUACUGUGCAGCCGGUGUGUGUUUGAGAGGGAGAGAAGGGAGAGGAGAAAGGUGGUGUUGCUGUUUCCUGUCAUGAUGUUCUUUUAGCACAAGCUUACACAAAGUGAAGCUUUGCCACGCGGCGUGCUGUGGCUAUUCUGUUACCUCAGUGGCUGUGCACGGCUAGUGUGAUCGCAUCCAUCAACAAAGUCUUUAAGGAGUUUAUUUAUUACUGCAGUGCAGCAGCAUCUAAAGUUAAAUGUGACGCAGCUGAAUGAAAGGUCACAAGUGUAUGUUAGCAAGAGAAAAGUAAACAGAGGCUGUUUUUCAAAAGAGGGCCUCGGUCUAACAGUAGGACAAGGAUAAAAAAAAAUAAGUCCGAGAUGGCAGCGUCCUGCAAAAGAAGAAGAGCGACUCCUCUGGGAGCUUAUGUUUGACCACCAAACGUCUGCGACUGUGGCUGCUUUCGUUCAUCGCAAUCAGAUUACCCAUGUGCUAACUUGAAAUGAAUGGACAGCAAAAUUGUUGGCUUGGGUUGAUGAUUUGGAAUUGAAUGCAUGAGCAACUGAAAGGCUUCCAAGGGGGUUUUGGAAGUGGAGCCACUCAGACUCAGAUCACAACAGAAUUUAAUGCACCAGUGGCCUGCAAUUACCACUUGCGGCCACAGAGGCUCCUGAAAGCCAAAAAGUAAUUUAUUGCUUCAAAGAAUUUCUUAAAGGAUGACUCCAGUUUAUUCAUGUUUGCCGCUGGAGCUUGUUAUUUUCUGCCCUUGUUCUCAACAAUUACUUACAUAGUUAUUACACUGUCAGCAUAACUGAAGAAUGCCAGUGUCUUUUCCUUGUGGUAACUCUAGGAAGGAUGUCCAAGUCACAAACUGUUACAUUCAACACAUAGCAGCUAUAAUUUUAAAUUCAGGGGGCCUUCAGUGGGCAACAAGUUUAUAAGAUUCAGUCAAAAUGUGUGAAUAGGUUCGUGAAAUUUAGGCACCUUACCUUGUUUGAAUUUGGUGGAUUUCCAGUUUCCUGUUUGUUGAUCACUCCCUUGAAGUCUAGUUAUGACCACCUCCACUGUGCACUCAACAAUUUCUCCUCAGACCUCAAAUUUGUGCAGAGGAAAAGUGAAGUUAUGUUUCAAAUUGACCUGAAUUUCACACGGAGGUGGUGAUGAGAGAGCAAAGCAAUUUUCUGCAGUUUUAGUGGAAAAGUCACUGUACCCGAGCCCAAGGGCUUCGUGUUAGGCUGUCAGUGCAGAGUUGUAAUAUAACAGCCCAAAGAGGCUGAGGAAAAAAAUUCAGCAGGAAUGAUCUGAACCUUGAGGUGUGGCAGCGUAAUAAAAGGCACAUGCGCAAUGAAAAGGUCUUUUGGUCACAUGAGCAUAGAGGUCUGGCUCACAUAAGUAUAAAUGCUCAGAACAGGACUUCUACUGAAAGGUUUAAAAAUAGCAGCCAUGCUGAAAACAGCCCAGGGGCUUAUAGGAAGACCUUAAACCAAAUUUAAAUCAGGACAAGCUUUUUGAUUUUACAACCCCAAGUCUGAAACUUCUGAACUUUCAAAAUUACCUCUCAUAGAUACAAGUCACAGGAGAAAUCAUAGGUCAGUGUACCAAAGUAGUGCUGUGUGAUACUGAAAUGUUGGUAUCGAUUACUAAUACCAACACCAAUAUCGCUACUUUGAACUUAUAAAUGCAGCUUAUGAGUUGAAGCAUCGAUUUGCAAAUUCUGAACACAUUUUAACAAGUUAACACAA